AUGCCAUAUAGUAUUGAUACGAUCGUAAAAAUUAUUCAGGUCCGAGAAACUGGUAAAGAUGAAUCGAAUUUUAUUGUUGUAUGGGCAUUGGGUGUUUAUCUUGUUGAGAGUGAAGACCGCGAAAUAGAAAUUACUCUUUUCAUUCCAGUUAAUGAAUACGAGAGAGAUCCUAAC